AGAAACGUAAGAGGUGGUGGUGGAGAUGAAAGCAGUGGUGGUGAAGAUAUGGAGGGUGGCGAAGGAGGUGGUGGAGGAAGUCUGUUUGCAAUGGUGGCAGUGACAGCCUCGGCAUCAUCAGGACACUAUUACUGCUGAUAAAGAAGAGGUCAAUGGAAGUGUACCGGAGAACAUGGAAGAGAUUGGAGCAGGUACUAAACCUCCUGAAAUAACAUCUUCUGAAACUUAUUCUACUACAGUGGAUUCCUCUCGUUCUAUGGCUAAUGAGAUUACCAGAGAAGAAGAAGAAUUGGAUGUAAAACUAAAAAAAAUAGACAUCCAAAAGAUCCUGAGAAGUGUCAUUACAAAUCAAGAUGAGGAAACUGUGAAGCAUGAAAUUUCAUGUGAAGAAGAGUACAUGCUUUUCAAACUGUUAAGUGAAGCAACAAAAGAACUUGUCAACAUUAACAGACUCGAUCAUAAAGAAUGCGAUGAAAGCAUAGAAUUUGAAUUUGGGAGGGUUGUAGAGAAGUUAGAUCAGCACAGUGUGCACUGUCCUAAAUGUAAUUUUCGCAUUACCAAAGUUGUUCUUCGUAAAAAGACAAGGACUAAGCCAUGUAAUCUGUUCGGAUGCUUCUCCUGCUUCAGCAUUUUCAUUCCCGAAGAAACUGAAGCACCAUCACACGAAUCUGUGUCACCUGGUACAGCAGUGUGUGAACCUGCUCCUUCAACCAACAGAGUUGUACCACCUGGAGGUCGUGGAGAUCAUGCAAUCAACAUAGAAGAGGGAUCAGGGACCAUUGAGCGAGGAGCUUCUAUAAUAACUUUAGAUGAAGAAGGUUCUAAAACAUUGGAAAUCCUAAAGAGCGUUGUUUAUGGUGGGUUAAUGGAAUCAAUGUCAAGCCUAAGUGUUGUGUCAUCUGCAGCUGCUGCAGAUGCCACCACAAUGAACAUUGUAGCUAUGGGAUUGGCAAAUCUGAUUGGUGGACUUUGCAUUAUUGGUCCUAAUCUUAGGGAACUAAAAAAUGAAGGGUCUAGGUACAAAGAAUUACUGGGCCAGACAGACAAUUUCUUACUUCAUGCAACAGUUGCUGUGCUAGCGUUCCUCAUUUUUGGCUUAAUCCCUCCGGUAACUUACGGCUUCUCAUUUCGCCAGACUGAUGACAAGGACCUAAAGCUUGUGGUAGUCGCAGCAGCUUCUCUUCUGUGCAUUGCUAUACUUGCAAUUGGGAAGGCUUACAUCCAGAAGAAACCCAACUUUUACGCAUAUAUCAAAACUGUACUAUACUAUAUUGGUAUGGCAGUUAUGGCCUCAGGCAUUUCUUAUGCUGCAGGUGAAUUAAUCAAGAGGCUCGUGGAGAAGCUUGGUUGGUUUGAUUCAAGUGUAGCUGUCACUCUGUCCCUUCCUCAGGUGCAAUCAGUAAAUCCAGCUUGGGGGUCCUACUGAUGUCAUGAGAUCCGAAAUCAAUGCUUGUUCACAAUUAAUUGUUUGGAACAUUUUCCAUCAUAAGCUGUUUCUUUCUUGAUUUAUAGCUUUCUUCGCUUGGUUCUUUGAAGUGUCUGAAUAAUGAGCUAGUCCAGAACACCUGUUGAUAUCAUGGAAUUGAAAUAUCAAUCAUUGUGUUUCAUUGAAAUAAUGAAUGUAUUUCUUCAAGUUAACUGUUGCAUUUGAAUGCUAAUCCUACUAUUGUGUUGA